GGUCAUGAAGAUCAUGGGGCGCCUUGCGCAGGCGUUGUUGUUCGUUGCCGUCUGGCUUCCAAGCUCAGACGCCGCCUGUCAGCUACCAGUACCGAAAGGACUCAUACAGACACCCUACCCGGACGUCAGAAAAGCUUUCAAUAUGGGCUACAAACUGACCGCUGAAGCCAACGUCAUGCCCGACAAAAUCACGUAUCACGCGACGGAGUACUACGACGUGCCGAACAAGCAAGGGUUCAUAGACACUUACCUCAAUGGCGAGCAGUACAACGUUUACUACAACCACCGCACCAACGAGGCAUUCUUCUACUCUGACUCAAAAUGCGAAACCGUGUCCCUCGACAACCUUCCCAAGGACUUCGAGAAGGUUGCACUCAGGUGGGCGGAUGCCCGUGGCACCUACACCAUCAUCGGAGCCUCCACGCUCUUCAUGGCUCCUCUGGUGACGAAAAAAGCCAAAACGGCGUUCCAAGGCACGAAUUUCACCGUACGAGGGAUGCCGGCUCUGAAGUGGUCGGUCUGCUUGAGUGAUGACGACACGCCCAUCGACGUGUACUUCUCCGAUCCCAAGCACAGUCCUUACGGCUCCGUGGUUCCAGUACCUCUGAGAAUCGUCCAGGAGAAGGAGGUCUCCGAUAUCAUGAUGAUGCAGGAUUACGUCACGGACACUGACGAUGUGUUUAAGAUUCCAGCUGGGCGUGGAUGUGCCCGCAUCAAGACGCGACUGCCCAAGCCACCGAGCUUCGCCAACGUCUCUUUCGAGUUCCACUCGGAGGUUAUGUUCAGGAACCUGCAGAGUUCCCCAGACUUCUACUACACCUCGCACUUGGACAUCAUCCGCGACACUUCCAGCGACCACAUGAGCGCUAUUGUUGAGCCGUGGGCCACGAGCGAGCGCAACGCGCAGCCGAGUGGACCAACCGGAAGUUACCAAGAGAUAUUCGACUACUACAACGGUAUUCUUUACACUAUCUACAAGCUAGGACACCAGGACACCUGCACGGUGACAGCCACGAACGGGUACAUGCUGAACGUGUCGCUUCCGGGUUUAGGCAAGCUCGACAUGCUGAACGUGAUCUUCGUCGACGAGGCGAUACUCAUGAACGCCACCUAUCUGGGAGUGCACCUCGUCCGUGGCAUGCCGACGCAUGCAUUCGAGCUUCUCCAGGAUGGACUGGAUGGGAGGGCGUCAAAGAUUACCCAAGCGACCAUCACCUACUACUACCUGCAGGAUGACUGGAUAUGGGACCGGGACCUCAGCCACAGAAACAUUCCGGUGAAAAUAGCCGCUCGUACAUUCACCACAGCGCAGCAGCAGCUGAAGCCGUUCUACGAGCUCACGCUCAACAUCCACGACCUGACGACCGUGAUGGAGCGGAUGAACGAGAAGAUGAACGUGCUGUCGUGCUACGACGAGAACGAUCAAUCGUACACAUGGUUUCAAGUUGGCUUCCCAGCGAGUGCGAACGAUGUGGAAACGGCCGUGCUAUCAUCGCCCGCAGUGAAGGAGGCAUUUUUGCGAAAACUCUACGAAGUGUCCGACUUGACACCGCUGCGAGUACCGCGCGUCCUGAUUGACUACACGAGCAACAUGGUGUUUUUGACGGCACUCAUUCUAGAACGCCCAGCUAUCACUGAUGACUACGUGAAGAAAGACAACUUCGCCCUCAAGGACUCGGACUACGCGGAGGCUGUGCUCCCGCUCCAGGACUGUCUCAAGAUAUGCUCCAGCACUGGUCCGGAAUGCACGGCCGUGUCGUACUGCGGUGCUUCGUGCUACACGACAUCGAUGUACAGUGAGGACGACACGCACAACCUGGAGAAGUCCGUCGACUGCGACGUUUACGCAAAGACAAAGCUGGGCUUGGCCCGCAAGCUUCCCAUAACUCUGGAUGCCAUCCAGAAUGUUGUUCAGGCGGUCGCCAGCAGCAAGUUCGUCCUCCUUGUGCGACACCGCAUCGCUAGCUUCAGGGUUCUAACGCUGACUGCCGAGACAACACAUGAUUCAAUGGGAUCACUUUCCCACACAUUCGGCGCGAGUGAUGAGGAAACCCGUGAGAGACACAAAAGAAUCGGUCCAAGCGUGCCGGGUUUCGACUCCUCCAAUAUGGGCAUGCGCAUCAAGGCGGGCGCCGAUUCGGCGACGCCCGCUGGCCGGUUCGCGCUCGAGGACUGUGCUGACAUCUGCCGGGACAGGGACGACUGCCGGGCGUUCUCCUCCUGCCUGGUGGACGACGAGUGCGUUCUGAGCACCGAGCGGACGCCCCCUACCGGCGACACAGAGAAGAAGACCGAGUGCGCCAUCUUUUCUAAGAGGUACACUGAACAGCUUCAACGUCUUCGAGGGCAUGUCGCUGGACAUGAAGGCGCGCAAGUUCGCCGACGUGCCAGCCAACGAGGACUGCGCGCGCCUGUGCCUGUACGAGAAGGAGUUCGAGUGCAAGUCGUUCGACUACUGCACCAUGACCCGGGACCCGGCCACGGUGUGCAGGCUGCACGACACGCACCUGCGCGAGUACGGAGACCCCGCCAAGCUGGACGCAAAGAACGCCGAAAAGUGCUUCCAUUACUCGAAAAAGUACCUGUACGACUUCAAGAAGACGAAGAACCAGCGGAUAACGGGCCGCCAGCAGUUCACCGUCAUCAGCGCGGUUUCGGCCGAAGAGUGCGCUCGCCAGUGCUGGGAGGCCACGUUCGAGUGCCAGGACUUCGACUUCUGCUUCGCCUCCGGCAAGCAGAACAUGGGCGUCGGAACGUGCACCCUGUACGUGCGAAGCGACGAGCCGGCCAAGACUAUCAUGUCGCCAGUGUGCUCGACGUACGCUUACACCGGAAACCCUGACCUCAUCCAACCAAAAGUCUACGCGUUGAGUGCGUCCCUUCACAGCAAUGCAACGGCCGGAGGCCUCUCAUUCUUCAUGGUGCUGCU